AGAAGAAAGCAUGGCUCGUGUUAUCAGGUGGCUGGGAAAGCAAAAGGUGCCCCUGGACAGUUCUGUGCUGGACAUUGGAACUGGGAACGGUGUUUUACUGGUUGAAUUGGCAAAGUCUGGCUACACUAAUCUCACUGGGAUUGAUUACUCUCCCUCUGCAAUACAACUUUCAGAAAAAGUAAGGGACAAAGAAGGGAUGUGUAACAUUAAAUUAAAGGUAGAAGACUUCCUGACUCCAUCAGCUGAGCUGUCAGGAUUUGAGAUUUGCAUUGACAAGGGGACUUUUGAUGCCAUAAGCCUUAAUCCAGAUAAUGCUGUGGGAAAGAGGAAGCAGUACCUGAGAUCCCUCUGCGGUGUCUUGAAACCAGAGGGAUUCUUCCUCAUAACAUCUUGCAACUGGACCAAGGAGGAGCUGCUGAACGAGUUCAGGGAAGGAUUUGAAAUUCUGGAGGAGCUGCCAACACCCAAGUUUUGCUUUGGAGGAAGAAUUGGAAACAGUGUAACAGCAUUGGUUUUCCAAAGGAAAAAAGGCAGGCAGUCCAUCUUGGACAAAUUAGAUUAGUUGAGAAAAAAAAGUCUGAACUUUAAACCUGACAGAAAACCUCAGACACGUGUGUAAAUAACUGCUCUUUGAGUACACAGUAAUACACUGUGUAUGGAACUCUAAGGGACUAUAAAACAUUGCCCUAGAAACAUUUCAGCUCUGCAUAACUUGCCUAUAAAUUUUGCCCUUGCUACAACCUCACUUGUUUUAGGGAAACUGCAAGUUUGUAAGUGAGGGAGAAAUAAGGCAAUCUAAAUAUGGAGACUAGUAUAACUGAAUGAUAGUUGUGUUUGGAACACAAAGAUUACCUGGUGUUUAAUUCCUGUAUUGGUAACCAGUGAGCAGUAGAGAUAAAGGUAUUCUGCAAAGCAAAAAA